AUGGCUGAAUCUCACAGAUUAUACGUUAAGGGUAAGCAUUUGUCAUACCAACGUUCCAAGAACGUCAACAACCCAAAUGUCUCCUUGAUCCAAGUCGAAGGUGUCAACAACACCCAAGAUGCCAAGUUCUACUUAGGUAAGAGAAUUGCCUACGUCUACAGAGCUUCCAAGGAAGUCAGAGGUUCCAAGAUCAGAGUUAUCUGGGGUAAGGUCACCAGAACUCACGGUAACAACGGUGUCGUCAGAGCCAACUUCAGAAAGAACUUACCAGCCAAGACUUUCGGUGCUUCCGUCAGAAUCAUGUUGUACCCAUCCAACAUCUAA